CUAGAGGGUAAAUAUUCUACCUUACACCGGCACGAUUUCGAAACACUACUGACAUGGGAAACACGUCAAUGAUUUUAGGAACAGAGUUAUUGCCAUUGCGUAACAGAUCUUAUAUUAGAGCAAAUUUUGUCUGUACAACCACUGUGAAAUGUUUUAUUUCGCGUAGUGAUAAUAUUAUGACAAUCAGCAAUAAUGUUCAGGCGCUUCGCGAUUCCGUCUCUGCUCUCUGUGCUGCACAUUGGCGCUUCGACCUUGACGGUUAUGUGGAUUUCUUUUACUAUGGCUAUCGUGACCAGUUCGUCUAAGUCAUCGACUGUGUCUUGGGCACGCUGUAUAUCUGUGAAUCACAGUGUAAGCCAAGAUUUCAUCCAAAGAGUCAAAUCGCCGUGUUCACAGAGCACUGGUCAAACAGGUAUCGAAGCGAACUGCAGUCGGAGAAACAUCCAGGUUCUUACAGCCGACUGGUUUCCUUGUGACUUGCAAAAGCUGUCACUGGAAGGAAAUUCCUUACUUGUUCUUCGCAACACAUCUUUUGCUCAUCUCCUUCAACUCCGUUGGUUGAGUGUUCGUAACAAUCGGAUUGAAAGAAUUGAGCAGUCCACCUUUGAGAAUCUGGUUCAUCUAGAGUAUCUGAACUUAGAGUACAACCAACUGAAGCUCUCCAGCGAGUCCUACCCGCCUGGACUAUUCUCUCCGUUGACACAGCUGAAAACGCUUAGACUGGCGCACCAACGCAGCGAACACUUGUCGUCGUCAUAUCCUGAAGAUUUUAUUUUCAACGUGAGUGGUCUGCACGCCCUCUCCAUCCCAACAUUAGGUGAGAUUCUACAUUUCGGCCCCGAAUUUUGCCAGCUGAAGGAUCUGUCUCGUUUGGAAAUAUCAGGGUCAGUUAGAGUAAUACGAAACUCCAGUUUCGACGGACUUACCUGCCUCACUUUAGUAGAACUAUCUAUACACGAGUUACCAUAUUUAUCUGCAUUUGAGCUUGACUCACUCAAUCCGUUAAGAAACAGUUUACGUUUGUUUCAUAUGGACAACGUUCCUGUUGGUUUGUAAAAUGCCUUGAAGAUAUU